UUGCUGAGAGUAUAUGAGUGCGGUCUUCUUCGUAUGCUCCUAUGAGCACUCACGAUGAUAGUUCUCUGCAUUCGAGCCACACUGAGUCCGUAGGAAGCUUGUCGUCAGGAGUCAAGCACCUGAUCUCAUUAUCAGACAUGCUUUCCGAAGGACAUGUUUCUGGGCAAGGAACUGAUGCUGUCACUCACAUAUGGCGGGCUUAGCUACAGUAGAUGUUUGAUUCAGAAGCAUCAUCGAGGGUCGCCUGUCAAUCUGUAAGUAGUUAAAUCCGCCACUGACCAAAGACGAGUCGUAGUAGGUCAUGGUAUGUCAGCACCUAGUCAGUAAAUUCUCCAGCGACAUCGAAAGUUGGGGGCAGUACCUACUAGCAGGCUUGCAUGGCAUCGACAUGCUUGGAAAGGUGAAUGCAUGCCGCUUCUGAGACUGGAAAUAUUUUAGCUGGUUGCUUGCUGCAGCGUUGUCGCCCUACUCGCCUUCCUGCUGAUCCAUGGGCAGUCCUCUUCGUUAUGACCGCAAGGUCAGUCGCAGUCGGACACGGUCGGACAACGAAGUGUGGCUGCAUCUCAUCAGUAGCGGUCCUGGUGACAAACCGGACAGUACCUCUGAGCAGAUUUGCUACCUGUCAACAAAUUGGUUUAGUUGGUCUCACAUGGCGUUGGCAAAAGCCGCACGAUCUGUAUCGUCAGUUAGCCAGGCGGUCUGGUAUGAUAGACAUAGAACCUACUGAGAAAGGUGAAUGGUGGAAGCAGGACUGAAAGAAAGCGACUCUGCAGCGAUGUCCGGAUAGGAUCAGUGACAACUCAAGGGGCGAGGAUAUCGGAGGGUCGAACGAAGGUGGCCUUGGUCCUGUGAAGAGGCUUGUUGGCCCCCGCUGUAGAUUGGCAACAGUGACAAUAUUCGAAUAGCGCGCCGCAUUGGGCUUCUUCUCCUCUACAUGGGCAGCAGCGUCACCGCAGA